AUGCAAUACCGAGCACUGACAGGUGCGCUGGUGGCUGCCGCCGUCGCCUCUGGUGCCUUCUAUGCCAUCAACGGCAACCGGUCGACGAACCACUCGCAUUCCCCCGCGGACCAGGCCAAGAACCUCACGAGCGCCAUAGGCAGUGAGCAGACCAGAAAGGCGCUUGUCGUGGGCCCUGGAGAGCUAUACACGGGCACCAUUACGGGCACAGCCCCCAUCUCCAAAGAGACGGAUGACUACGGCAGAAAGGUGCUGGAGAUGCUGGACCCAGAGCAAGCCACAGCCAAGCUGAGGAAGAACGAGGAGUCGUGGCUGGUGGGAAGGGGACAGGGGGUGGUGCGAUACGACGUUGUGCAGAUACCCAGCAACGACCCCAUUGAAGACGACCAUGCGGAGAAGAUUAUUGAAGUCCCGUCCAAUCUGGCGGCUACCGACAACGGCGCGCCUGCCAGCGACUGGAUGUUCUGGGGCGUAUUCGACGGUCACAGUGGCUGGGUUACGUCUGCCAAACUCCGUCAAACGCUCAUCUCUUACGUCGCGCGCGAGCUGAACACGACAUACAAAGCCGCUCUCGAAGACCCAUCACUACAUUUUCCCAACCCGGACGCCAUCGACCGAGCAAUCAAGACUGGCUUCACCAAGCUGGACAACGAGAUUGUGCACGAGUCUGUCAAGAAGGUGCGCAAGGCCCAGUCCAAGGUGGCCGCCGCUGAGCUGCUUGCACCCGCGCUAUCUGGCUCGUGCGCUCUUCUUUCCUUCUACGACAGCCGUUCGAAGCUCCUGCGAGUGGCGUGCACUGGAGACUCGCGCGCGAUUCUCGGCCGACGUGGUGCCAAUGGCAAAUGGACCGCAACCCCGCUAUCCGAAGAUCAGACGGGUGGAACUACCAGCGAAGCAGAGCGGUUGCGCAGGGAGCAUCCUGGCGAACCCAACGUAGUCCGAAAUGGCCGCAUUCUCGGCGGACUGGAACCAUCUCGUGCUUUUGGCGACGCAUACUACAAAUGGUCGCUCGAGACCAACGCCGAGUUGAAAAAGUCGUAUUUCGCACGAACACCUUCGGCACUACUCAAGACACCUCCCUAUGUUACUGCUGAGCCCGUCAUCACCACAACCAAGGUGGAGCCGGAAAAGGGCGACUUUGUCGUCAUGGCUACGGACGGCUUGUGGGAAAUGCUGACCAAUGAGGAGGUUGUUGGUCUGGUGGGCCAGUGGCUCGAUGCUCAGGGCAACCCAGGUGGCCAAGGGUCGCAAACGCAAUCAUGGCUCAAGAGUUGGUGGUCUAGCCAGCAGCUCCCAGUCGAGCAGGCAGCAGGUGAAAAGGGAGAGGGCCAGCGGGCGCCCAUCCGUCAGCAGCAGUGGGGCACCAAGACGAGCCUCAACGAGCGGUUCGUGGUGGAAGACAAGAAUGCAGCUACCCAUCUUGUGCGCAACGCGCUGGGAGGAAAGGACCAAGAUCAACUGAGUGCUCUGCUCACGCUGCCGAGUCCGUUUUCUCGGCGGUACCGGGACGACUUGACGGUAGAAGUCAUCUUCUUUGGCGAAGGGGCCAGCACGGGCAACGUGACUCGAAACCAAGAGGCGAGCGCUGCAGAGCCUGAGGUCAAGUCCAAGCCGUAG